AUGAUGACGCCUGGGCCAGACCAUCGCCAGGUCCAGAAUGCAAGUCAGAAAGCUGAGAAGGACCAGGAAUACACGAGUUCCAGUGAGCCAGAACUUUCGAGUUCUAGUGGGCCAGAUGGGCUGGAAGCUUCCAGCUCCAGCGGGCCAAGUGACAGUGACUCGGCACUUCCAAGGUCAAUAGAUAUUCUGGCGCGCCUUGCACCAUUGUACCUCACUUGCUUUCUGGGACGCUUGACUCGCGCACUGGCAGUCGUGUCCAUUCCUCUCUAUGUCCUGGAUCUCGGCGGCAGCGCCGCAGAUGUUGGCAUUCUGGCCUCCCUUUAUGGCCUCGGCUUCAUGUUGGCAAACAUCCCCGGAGGUAUCUUGCUGCCGUUGGUUGGAAGCAAGUGCUGCAUCCUUUUGUCUUGCACGUGUUAUGCGCUAUCGGCGGGAAUCUGCUUUCUGCCCCACAUCGCAGUGCUGAUGGCCUCUCAAUUCUUCUUGGGCCUGGCAAACUCCUUGAGCGUCCUCUCGCAACAGACCUAUAUAGGAAGUCAUACUCCCACUGUGCGCCGUGGCUUUGCGUUGAGCAUGAUGGGAGGCCUGCAACGUUGGGGUUUGAUGGUGGGCCCCUCACUGGGCGCUUUUCUGCAAGAAUCUGUCCUCGGCAUCCAUGCCGUAUUCUUUGCGCAGGUUGCGUGCGCCGGCUUGGCGGCAUUAGUCACAGUUAGCUGCUUGAGCAGAGCGGAGGAAGAGGCGACAGGCAAGAAGAGCGACAAGACGAGCGGUAUUCUGGAUGCCAAAGAUGCCAUUAAGGAGAACGGUGGGCGGCUUGUUCGUGUGCUGGGCUUGGCUUUUGCAGUCCAGUGUGUCCGCAAGGGCCGCGAGUUGUUCUUCUCCUUGUCCGGCCGUGAGUCAGGGAUUUCCGACAUGUUCAUUGGCCAAAUUACGGCCUUGUCCUUUGGAAUUGAUGCACUCACCUCUCCCCUCGCGGGGUAUCUCAUGGAUUCCUAUGGCCGGCGCAUCGCUGGAGUUGCGUCGCUGUCGCUGCACUCACUGGGCCUCAGUAUUUUGGCCCUUCACAGUGUUGCAGCCGUAGUAGCCUCAGCUGUUCUGACAGGCCUUGGCAAUGGCUUAGGCUCUGGGCUUCUCAUGACCCUGGGCUCGGACCUGGCACCUGCGGGACCCGGGCGUGGAGCUUUCUUGGCCGUCUACCGGCUUCUCUUCAACAGCAUGGACUUCAUAACGCCAGGGGUCCUUGGUGCCCUGACCAGCUUCAGUUCUCUCCAAGCGGCCGAGCUCACUACAGGUGCUGUUGGCUUGCUCGGCAUCCUUUGGGUGCUGCUCUGUGUGCCAGAGACGCUUAAGAAGCAAGAGGCAGCCCCUCAAAGCAAGGAGACGCAGGCGGUGUAA